UCCCCGGCUCAGGAGCCCCUUGCCCGCCGCGCCACCAGCCGCCGCCUGUAGUCUCCAGCCCGGCGGCUCUUGCCGCAGUCGCCGGCAGCGGAUCACCCGCGAGCGCCCAGGUAGGGAGCUCGGGUGGGAGGCAGCCAGGCGAGCCGGCGCGGCCGGGAAGGCGGAGCGGGGUGCUGCGCUCCUCUGCCAAGCCGCUCACCCCGGCCCAGUCUGGCCUGGCCCUGCCCGCGGCCUCCGGUACCCCGAAUCCCGCGGUGCCUCUGGGCGAAAGGAGACCUGCCUUCCGCGCCUGGGUUGCGCUCCUGCUCUCGGGCCAUCCCUUUGAGACCCCCCCCCCCCCCCCAUGCGCGACAGCUUGUGAUCUAGCGUACGCACACGUCCACCCUCCCCGAAGAGCCUGCCCCGGCCCGAGAGCGCGAGUUCGCCUCCUGCUCCCAUCUCCCCAGCUGUGUCUCUGGCCAGGAGCCCCACCCCCAUCUUACGCCAUCCCAGGUGGCUCUGUUCCACUCCAGGGUUCUCUCAUUCAACGCCAACCUAACUUUAAUUAACUCGGUUCGUCAGGUACCCCUCCCCAAACUUCUUACCUGAGUCCUCCAGGUGGCCCCACCGUUGGAGACACCCCUACAGCCCCUUCCCGUUGGAGACACCCCUACAGCCCCUUCCCGAUCUCUUGUAAUCGCCGCUUGGUGACCUAAGGUCCCCGUGUUGUUACUCCUCCGGGGCGCAAUUUUUACCUAGCUUCCUUCCUCUUCCUUUGGUUUCAUCCUGUCCCCGCGUUCACUAUAUCCCGUCCUGGUCCUCAACCCUAGUCCCCAUGGUCCCAGAGCCGGGCCCUAUCAACAAUAGCACCCCAGUCUGGGGGCCUGGGCCACCUCCUGCCCCAGGGGGAAGCGGCUGGGUGGCCGCGGCGCUUUGCGUGGUCAUCGUGCUGACAGCGGCCGCCAAUUCGUUGCUGAUCGUACUCAUCUGCACGCAGUCCGCGCUGCGCAACACGUCUAACUUCUUCCUGGUGUCGCUCUUCGCAUCGGACCUGAUGGUGGGGUUGGUGGUGAUGCCCCCGGCCAUGCUGAAUGCUCUGUAUGGGCGCUGGGUGCUGGCGCGCGGCCUCUGCCUACUUUGGACCGCCUUCGACGUGAUGUGCUGCAGCGCCUCCAUCCUCAACCUCUGCCUCAUCAGCCUGGACCGCUACCUGCUCAUCCUCUCCCCGCUGCGCUACAAGCUGCGCAUGACAACCCCGCGUGCCUUGGCGCUCAUCCUGGGUGCCUGGAGCCUUGCAGCGCUUGCCUCCUUCCUGCCCCUGUUGCUGGGCUGGCACAAACUGGGCAACGCUCGGACACCUGCCCCCGGCCAGUGCCGCUUAUUGGCGAGCCUGCCUUUUGUCCUCGUGGCGUCCGGAGUCACCUUUUUCCUGCCCUCAGGUGCCAUCUGCUUCACCUACUGCAGGAUCCUGCUGGCUGCCCGCAAGCAGGCGGUGCAAGUGGCCUCGCUCACCACGGGCAUGACUGGCCAGGCCCUGGAGACCUUGCAGGUACCCGGGGUGCCCAGGACCCCACGACCAGGGAUGGAGUCCACUGACAGCAGGCGUUUGGCCACCAAGCAUAGCAGGAAGGCCUUGAAGGCCAGCUUGACCCUGGGCAUCCUUCUGGGCAUGUUCUUUGUCACCUGGCUGCCCUUCUUUGUGGCCAACAUAGCUCAGGCCGUGUGUGACUGCAUCUCCCCAGGCCUCUUCGACGUCCUCACCUGGCUCGGGUAUUGUAAUAGCACCAUGAACCCCAUCAUCUACCCACUCUUCAUGCGGGACUUCAAGAGGGCCCUGGGCAGGUUCCUGCCAUGCAUUCACUGUCCCCCGGAGCACCGGGCCAGCCCUGCCUCCCCCUCCGUGUGGACUUCCCACAGCGGUGCACGACCAGGCCUCAGCCUGCAGCAGGUGCUGCCUCUGCCUCUGCCAACGAAUUCAGAUUCAGACUCAGCGUCAGGGGGCACCUCGGGCCUGCAGCUCACGGCAGCUCAGCUUCUGCUGCCUGGAGAGGCAACCCGGGAACCCCCACCACCCACCAGGGCCACCGCUGUGGUCAACUUCUUCGUCGCGGACUCUGUGGAGCCCGAGAUACAGCAGCAUCCACUGAGUUCUCCCACGAACUGACCCGGUCAAGAGCUGGUCAGUGGAGAGCCACAUUCUAGAGAACUCAACCCACUCUCCCUCAGCCUGGGAAGUGAGCUCCAUGAGGCAUCCUUGGCUAACCCCCAUCUUCUGCUACAGGCCCCUUGACAUAAGGAGUGAUCAGAAACAGCUCUGUAUGGAGAAUCACCUGUGGUUUGUGUAGUGUGGCUGGGGGGCUUGGGGAGAUGGGUCAUUUGGUUCAGGCCAGCAGGAAAGCAACCUGUUCUUGGUCCUUUCUUUCUUGGUAGGUGGGAAGAACGCUCAUGUAGAUACCCAGUUCUUGUCUGGCCCAAUCCCCUGCUAUCCAAAGUGCCAUCCUUGGGAUACUGGGGCUCUCAUAGGCCUUGGGGAGUUUAUUCAAAGUGCCCCCCUUUCCACUGAAGAUACACUCAGUCAAAAUUGUAUGUUCAUGAGCUUUCCCAUGUAUGCAUUUGCUGGACACUUUGGACCUGCCAGCCCUUAGGAUGGGAACUGCCACACUAAAGAGCACCUUAGGCUGGAAGCCGGGCAGCCAGAAACAUGACCCUUUCCUCAACUGUCUAUGGCAGCUUGGGGGCUUGGCACAGGUCUCAAGGGGAGAGACAAUGUAAAUGGUGUGCCCGGCACCUGUGAGGGGUCAGGAGGUGGUAAAUUCUGUUGCUUUAACCCCUGGUCAGCCAGGGCUUGGCUCUGGUAGAAGGCUAGCAAGGCCCCACCCUCUCCCCCUCCUUCCCUCUCUACUCUCUCCUUCCCUCCCUUUUAUUUUUUUCUAGGGUCUCAUGUAGCCAGGCUGCUCUCGAGUUCCGUGUGGCCAAGGAUGACCUUGAACUUCUGAUCCUCUUGCCUCUACCUCCCAAGUGCUGGGAUCACAGAUGUACCGCGCACAUCAGGUUUAUGCGGUGCUGGGGAUGGACCUCAGGGCUUCAUGCAGUCUAGGGAGGCACUCUGUCAACUGAGCUGUGUCCCCAGCGCCCUUUCCUUUCUGUUAGGACAACCUUGCACACACUAGGCAAGUGCUCUCUGCGGAGCCACACCGCGGCCCCACUGUCCUUUUCCAGCCUUGAUUUCUAUACCCUAACUUGGGCUCCCAGCCUUCUUGUUCUGACCCCACCACUCAGGGACCCUUCCAGUCCCACCUGCUGUUCUGCCUCUUCCACCUCAAGGGCGGGCUUCCUCCAUCCCGGGCUUCCCGGAGAGGAAGCAGCUGAUGGAGGAGGACUCAGUUCCUCACCCUGCCUCUUUGGGUCCUCCCUAGGGUCAUUGAAAGGACAGCUGCUUGGGUGGGCAGAGAACAGUCGAAGAGGAAUGUCCCUGGCUUGGGGGUGAAGCUGCAGGCAAGCAGGAGGGGUCCCGCUUGGGCCUGGCUUUUGUGGGUAAGGGCAGAGGACCCUUGGCUCCAUGCUUCUUCUCUCUGCUGAGUUCCUCUUCUGUCCCAGGUCUUUAUUCAAGCCCUUAGGCUACGUCAACCCCUUCAACCCUGGCUCCCAGGCUCGCCCAGUGUGACCAGGAGCUCUCCUUGGUGCUGAUCAUACUCAACUGGGCCCUGGCAGCAGGGUUUUGGUGCUUGCCCGGGUUUCUCCUCCUCCAGGCCUGCCUGAGGGACUCAAUAAACACGAGGUGAAA